GUUGAAGUUGCUGUCCGCACGUGAGGGUCUGAAUGAGCGUGAAGCCGGCAGACUGAGAGACAGACCGGCGGAACGAAGCUGGGAUCAUGAAAAACCGAGUGGAUUUGUGAAUGAAACCACAGAGUGGAGACAUCAGUCCAGCUGCGCGAAAGGGACUCCAUUCAUUCAACGAGGCGUGUGACCUGAGAAGCUUCAGCUGUGCAUUUCCCUCUGACUCAAAGUAACCAAAGACAACCAUCCAUCCUGUCAGACAGAACAGCUUCUCUAAAGAGUACAUAAGCAUCCCUGGACAAGCCGUGCGUUAUGAUGAAGGGACCGACCUUCCACGACCAAGAUCCGAUGCGACUCGUCGACCCGAGGCACCUUCCGCAAAUGAUGUCCCUGGAGGACCGCGAGCCCACCAUGGUGGAGGGGACCCUGGGGCCCCGCAACUCCACGCCGGCCGGGGGAGAGGGGGCUCCGGGCCAGCAGCACCAGUCCUUCCCCUGGGUGGAGACCCUGCUGGCCGGCGUCCUGAUCACGACCAUCGUGGUGGAUGUUAUCGGGAACCUGCUGGUCAUCGUGUCCGUGUUCAGGAACAGGAAACUCAGGAAAGCAGGAAACGCCUUCGUGGUGAGCCUGGCUUUUGCUGACCUAGUAGUCGCCAUCUACCCCUAUCCGCUGGUCCUGACCGCCAUCUUCCACGAUGGCUGGAUCGCCGGCUACAUCCACUGUCAGAUCAGUGGCUUCCUCAUGGGCCUCAGCGUCAUCGGCUCCAUCUUCAACAUCACGGGCAUCGCCAUCAACCGCUACUGCUACAUCUGCCACAGCCUCAAGUACGACAAGCUCUUCUCCAACAGCAACACCAUGUGCUACGUGGUGCUCGUCUGGGCGCUCACCAUCCUCGCCAUCGUGCCCAACUGGUUUGUGGAGUCGCUGCAGUAUGACCCGCGGGUGUAUUCCUGCACCUUCGCCCAGUCGGUCAGCUCGCUGUACACCAUCACGGUGGUGGUGGUGCACUUCAUCCUGCCGAUCGGCAUCGUCAGCUACUGUUACCUUCGCAUCUGGAUCCUGGUCAUCCAGGUGAGGCGGAGGGUCAAGCCGGACACGCGGCCAAAGAUCAAUCCGCACGACCUGCGCAACUUCCUAACCAUGUUUGUGGUGUUCGUGCUCUUCGCCGUCUGCUGGGCGCCGCUGAACCUGAUCGGCCUGGCGGUGGCGCUGGACCCCAGGCUGAGCCGGGCGAUCCCGGAGUGGCUUUUCACGGCCAGCUACUUUAUGGCAUAUUUCAACAGCUGCCUCAACGCCGUCGUCUACGGCGCCCUGAACCACAACUUCCGGAAGGAGUACAAGAGGAUAGUCCUGAUAAUCUUCAAGCUUCACUCCUGA